AUGGCGCAGUGGACUAGUGCUGAGAAGCGAACUUUCCUUCGACAGCGAGUGGAGGCCAGGCUUGCAUCUCUUUUGAUGGAAAGCAAGGAGUAUUCAAAAGCACUAAGUCUCCUAUCAGGCCUGAUCACGGAAGUGAGAAGGCUAGAUGACAAGCUUCUUCUUGUGGACAUAGAUUUGUUGGAGAAACUGUCAGUGUAUCUCAUCGUCUUCUCUCGUCUUCGUCACUUAAACACAAAACUCCGAGAGGAAGCUUUCAUUGCACGCAAAAGGUUUGAUUUGUCUGUAACCAUGGUUUCUCAAGACCAAAGUAAGGACUCUGGCUCGAAAAAAAAUGGAGGUAAGGAGCUUGGAAUGGUAACUCCUCAAGACAAGUCCUUGAAGAAGAUGAAGUUUGUUUCAUCUGUUGAGACAGAACCAGCCAGCAUGACAACAAUUUCUGAGGAUUCAAAGUCAGGUCGAGUUGUUGAGUACAAUAAAAGGGGGAAAGGAUGUGGCCCUGCACAUACUGAGAUGCAGUCUUACAUUGGUGUGUUGGCACGCUCCAGAGUCCCACUUAUGGACAAGAAAUGGGCUGAAAUCCCCAAGGAUAUAAAGGAGUAG